UGUGUGUGAGAUUGAUGCUCUACUGCUUUCGAUUUUCUUCUUUGGGAAUGAUUGGCAUCACUGAGCAACUGAUUGAAGACCUUUUUUUUUCCCCCACAGUUGCUUUGUUUUCUGUGUUCCGAAAGCUCUUCUUUUUCUUUUGUUUUUGUUUGUAAAAUCCUCUCCUUUUUCCUUGCUUCACAAAACAAGAGAGCAUCCUCCAAUUUCUUUCUUCUUUUCUAAAUUUGCAGAUUCUUUUCUUGUUUGUUUGCUUUUUCUAUCUUAGUUCAUUGUCCCAAUUAUCUUGCUCAUUUUGCUUCUGGGUCUUUCGUUUGGUUAAGAUUCCACCCCCCUUUUACUUCAAUUCUGUUAAAAGUUUGUCGUCCUGAAUCAAAAGUAUUGCAAACUGUCGCUAAGGAUGGAUAAAAGGAGUUGGCCGUGGAAGAAAAAAUCAUCUGAUAAGCAGGCUGCUGAGAAAAUAGCUGCUACUGCAUCAGACUCUUCUGCAGCUGCUUCAGAUAUAAGUGCAGCUCAAAUCGACAAGGCAAAACAAGAAAUCAAUAAAAAGCCCAAGUAUGUUCAAAUUUCUAUGGAAUCCUAUACACAUCUAACUGGAUUGGAGGAUGAAGUGAAGUCCUAUGAAGAACAGGUGCAGACCUUAGAGGAGGAAGUGAAAGAACUCAAUGAAAAGUUAUCUGAAGCGGAUUCCGAAAUGACUAAUAAGGAAAAUUUGGUCAAACAACAUGCCAAAGUUGCUGAAGAAGCUGUGUCAGGUUGGGAGAAGGCUGAGGCGGAAGCUGCAGCAUUGAAAAAUCAUCUGGAAUCUGUUACACUGCUAAAGCUUACUGCAGAAGAUCGGGCAACACACCUGGAUGGUGCUCUCAAAGAAUGCAUGAGGCAGAUACGGAAUUUGAAGGAAGAACAUGAACAAAAAUUGCAGGAACUUGCUCUUAACAAAACAAAGUUGUUUGACAAGAUGAAGUUAGAGCUUGAAGCAAAAAUAAGUAAUCUGGACCAAGAGUUAAUGAAGUCUGCAGCUGAAAAUGCUGCAUUAUCUAGAUCCUUGCAAGAGUGCUCUAACAUGUUGAUCCAGCUCAAUGAAGAGAAAUCACAGGCUAAUGCCGAGAUAGAACUUUUGAAGAGCGAAAUUGAGUCUUUUGAAAGAGAAGUAAACUCACUCAAAUACGAACUCCAUAUCGCUAGGAAAGAGGUGGAAAUUCGCAAUGAGGAGAAAAACAUGAGUGUGCGGUCCGCUGAGGCAGCAACCAAGCAUCACCUAGAAGGAGUAAAGAAAAUUGCUAAGCUUGAAGCAGAGUGUCAAAGAUUACGAGGCCUUGUUCGGAAGAAACUUCCUGGUCCAGCUGCACUAGCCCAAAUGAAACUUGAAGUUGAGAACUUGGGCCGAGACUAUGGAGAAUCUCGUUUAAGGAGAUCUCCUGUGAAGCCUUCUACUCCACACUUGUCUCAGCUGCCGGAGUUUUCGCUUGACCAUGCACAGAAGUACAUCAAAGAAAAUGAGUUACUCACAGAGCGGCUACUUGCAAUGGAGGAAGAAACAAAGAUGCUUAAGGAGGCAUUGGCAAAGCGUAACAGUGAAUUGCAAGCUUCUAGGAGUAUCUGUGCUCAAACAGCAAGCAAGCUCCAAAAUAUGGAAGCACAACUACAAGCUAAUGGUGAACAGAAAAAUCAUCUCAGUUCUAAUCCUCAGGUUUCAAUUGAAAGUUUCAGUAGUCAGAAAGCAAGUAUUCCAUCAAGUUUCACCACUAUGUCGGAAGAUGGAAAUGAUGAUAAUAUUAGCUGUUCUGGUUCGUGGACUGCUGGAAUGAUGUCUGAGCUCUCACAUCUGAAGAAGGAAAAGACCCUGGAUAGUCCGCAGAAAUCUGAAAGUGUGAAUCAUGCAGACCUUAUGGAUGACUUCUUAGAGAUGGAGAAGUUGGCGUGUCAAUCAAAUGGAACAGUCUCAGGUGCAGACUUUUCAGGUAAUACAGUCAAUGAAGGAUCUGAAAUUGUAAAGAGUGAAGCUUCAAUUGAAGUCGCUACCUGUGCAGACUCUCAAUUAGAUGAACAGCAUGGUUUGGAACCUCAAGCAGUUCCUAAAGAAGAUGCAAAUGUAGUAAAUCUUCAACUGCAAGCAGACCCACUGGUCUUUGUGAAACUCCAGGCGAAAAUAUCCGGGGUUCUCGAAUUAGUCUCUAAUGAAAGGGACAUGGAAAAAGUAAUAGAGGAAGUUAGACAAGCUAUGCAGGAAAUGCAUGAAACUUUACAUCACCACUCUGUGAAUGGUUUUACUGAGGCAAAUUGUCCUUCUGGCACAAGAACUGAUCAAAUUACCGAGGAUGCCAAGAUAACAGCCACAAAGGAGACAUCGGUGCCUCGGGAUGCUAGCUCAUCUAUCAACACUUUUGAAGCCAUCAAUGAAGAAGUAGAAAUUGCCAUUAUGCAGAUUCAUGACUUUAUCACGAUUCUAGGCAAAGAAGUGAAGACUGUCACAGAAGCAAGUCCUGAUGGAGAUGGGUUGAAUAGAAAAAUUGAUAUAUUUUCUGUCAAAUAUAGUGAAGCAAUGAAGAGUUAUAUCAAUCUGAAUGAUUUUGUUCUUGACAUUUCUGAAGUAUUGAACAAAGCAAGUGAGCUGCAUUUCAAUGUUCUUGGAUUUAAAAGUUCUGAAGUUGAAACUGGUAGUUCCGAUUGUAUAGACAAGAUUGCCCUACCAGAGAACAAGGUUGUUGUUGAAUCAUUACGAGAGAGGUAUCCAGAUGGGUGUGCACAUUUUUCGGAUUCUGCAUCCGAUCCUGAUGUUCCAAAUGAUGGGAAUCUAGUUCCAAUCUCUGAAUCAACAGCCACUUCUUGGAAAUGUUCAUUGGAGGAGUUUGAACAAUUGAAAAUGGACAAGGAUAACCUGGCAGUUGAUCUUGCUAGAUCUUUGGAAAAUUUAGAAACUACCAAGUCUCAGUUGCUGGAAACAGAACACCUUCUGGCUGAGGUUAAAUCACAAUUAACAACAUCUCAGAAGUCCAACAGCCUGGCCGAGACACAGCUCAAAUGCAUGGCAGAAUCAUACAAUUCACUGGAAAUGCGUUCAGAAGAAUUAAAGACUGAGGUAAAUCUUCUCCAAGGGAAAAUACAAAAUUUGGAGAAAGAGCUGCUAGAGGAGAAAAAAAGUCAUAAAGAGGCACUUAACAGAUGUAAAGAUCUUCAAGACCAGCUUGAGAGGAUUGGUAAUUCUGCAACAGCUGAAACUGAUGAGAGGUCUGGGCAGGAGAAGGAGUUGGCAGCUGCAGCAGAAAAGCUGGCAGAGUGUCAAGAAACCAUAUAUCUUCUUGGCAAGCAAAUGAAAGCUCUACGUCCGCAAACAGAGAAUCGUUCCCCAAAUAACAUGAGGAGUCAAAAAGUUGAAGCCUCUGUUGAGGAAGAACCCACUAUAAGUGGCAUGAAUUUACAAGAUUUUGAUGCACCUGAAAUAGACACUGCUGCUUCUUUCCAUUUGCACAGAGCUGGCUCAGAAUCUCCCAUGGAUCUGUUUAAUGCUUCUUUCAGUCCGUCUGAUUCUGAAGCUAACAACUUAUUGAGAUCUCCGGUCACCUCAAAGCAACCAAACCACCGCCCUACAAAGUCGGGCUCCUCUUCUGCUUCGUCUACUACGACACCAGAGAAACAUGCACGUGGAUUUAGCAGGUUCUUUUCCUCGAAAGCGAAGAAUGCCUCGUAGUGGUUCGGCGUGCUAUAUAUAUAUACAUACACAUAUAUAUCUAGCAGAAGAAAUUUAAGCAUAUUCAUGUAUAUAAUGGUCAAAUCCAUUUCAACUUCUCAUACUUGUAAUUUUGGUGUUAGAUUUGAGGGGUCACCUUCGGAGAUGGUUGAAUCUGGCUUUUGUUUGAAGGGUGAUUUUUGUUUUAGACUGAAACUGGUGCUCGCUGAUCAUUGUUGUAAGAUAAAUUGUACUACACAAUCAGACAUGACUACUUAAUUAUUUGAUUCA